GAAGCUAACGGCUUCAAACCGAAAACAACAGGCAAGCGGUAAACGCGCGAAACGUCAUUCGAAAUUCUACAUUCUCCAUUCUCUGCAUUGGAUAUUCGCUUUCCAACGGAACCGUUGCAUUCGAACGGCACACAAAGCGCGGGCGGCAAACAAAACUAAACCCCACAAAAGACAAAACUAAAGCGAUUCGUUUGCUGUUUGAUUCAUUUUUUGAGCGUGCGUGAUCAAAAGUGAGAAGAAAGUGCAUUAACAAUGGCGUUCAUGAUGCCGGUUAUGAAGAACAAUUAUGAUAUAUACAAGGACACGCGCUCCCGCAAGACCUCCGAGUGCUCGAAUGCGAGCAGUAACGGGACCACGGCCGUGGGCAGUGCCCUGGGCACACCGACAACAGCCACCGGCAGCCAGCAGCAGCAGCGACGCCGCAAGGUGUCCGAAUGCAAGUCGGAGAGUUUCGCCACCUCCCCCUCACACGGCCAGCUGGUCGGUGGCGGCGGCGGAAGCGGUGGACACCGCAUGCAGAUGCAGCGGUGUCAGAGCUCGCGCGCCUUCCCGCGCAAUGCAUCGCGGAGCUCGAACAGCUCCAUGAUGCUGAUUAUGUCGCCAACGCGGUCCAGCCCCAUCAGCCGUACGCAAACGGCCUCGGCCCUGGAGCGCCAGGCUGCGGCGACAGCUCAAAGUCAGAAUCAGCAGAGCCGCCAGCAGAGCAACGGAAACGGUAACGAUGUGACUGCGACAGCGACCGCCAGCAACGAUUAUACCAAAUUCCACUUGCGUCUUGUUGACAAGCUGCGCAAAUCCUUCCGCAAGGACAGCGGCAAGCGCUCUUGAGAACGCGCCCAACAGAAGCAGCAGCAGAACAGCAAUAUCAACAACAACAACAGCCACAAUGCCAGCGAGAGAGCUGUACGUCGCUCCAGUCACAACAACAACAACAACAACAACAACGACAACCAGGUUUGGGAGGAAAUAGAAGCAGCAGAAGACAUAGAAGGAGAGGGAGGAGGAGGAGGAGAAACAGUACCUGUGAGAGGGGGCGGUAUGAUCAGUCGAUUGGGACGACGCUUCAGGCGCUACUAUCAAUUCUUCUCCCACGGCAGCGUUGUGCCGCCAAAGCUGGCGUUGACGCUGGAUCUGGACAGAGAAGCGACAAGCAGCUCUGUUGAACAGCUAACAGGCGGAGGUAGUCCCUACCGUCGACGUUCCCGUCGACGCAGCAGCAUUGGCAGCGCCAUUCGGCUAAAGAUGCGUGUCCGUCGCUCCGCCUCCUCGCCAGACUAAGCAAAGGGACAGCAGACAGCAGCAGCAGCAGUGACAGACAAAAAAAAGAUAGAAAAAAAUAAAUAAAAAUAGACCCCCUCAAAAGCCGAUGCGAAUGAGUGGGUCGGCGAUAGUUGGCGCCGGUUGUUUUGCUGAAUAAUAAAUUGUAAUCCAUUUUUUUUUUUUUGUAUUCGGUGUACAAGUGAAAACUAUAACUACAAAUUUAAUUUAAAAUUAUAUUUAAAUUAUAUGUAUGUAAGGACGUGUAUGCUUUUGUGUGUGGCAAGGCUUCCAAGUAGUGGUAACAAGUAGAUGCCUCCCAAAAAAUAAAAGACCCUCCCCCAAGCAUUGCGGUGUUGCUUUGAUAAAAAUUAAAUUUACACAAAACAAAUUGCAACUGCCAAAAUUGCAUUGUAUAACAUUAUAAACAUUAUAACGAAGAACAACACAAACACACAAAAAAAAUAUAGUACAACAGAUGUUCGAUAAAGAAAUUAUACUUACUAUUGUACCGUUAAAUUUACACAUAUGGAUGUAUAUACAUAUAUAUAUAGAUUACAUAAUAAUCUGUAAGCGCAAAUAUUGACAAUAUAUGUAUACACAUAUACGGACACAUAUACUUGUGGUCAACCAAACAAAACCAAA